UUUUUCAAUGACAAACUAUUUAUCAUCAUAACUAAAAGAAAAUUUAAGUUUCUUACAUACAUCUCCAUGUGAUUGCAAUAGAAAAGCAAACGAAAUCGGUUAAGCUUGGGAGGAACAAACAAGCAACAGUUUCCAUUCCAAUACCAUAUAUAAUUGGAAGUAGAGACUGUAGAGUGAAGAGAAAAAGGGUAAAGAUAUGAAGAGCGGUGGCUCUUCGUAUGCUGUUCCGUCAAAGAAGCGAUGGCGAGGGUUAGUGAUUGGGGUACUCUGCCUCGUUAUCCUCUCCAUGCUCGUUCCACUCGUCUUCUUGCUUGGUCUUCACAAUGGCUUUCAAUCUCCAGGAUACGCGUCUGAACAAAAUUCGGCUUCGAAUCCGAUUCGAGGGUUUAUUAAUGAUAGCCCUGACCAAUCUGAGGGUGAUCAGUCUCGUCAUGUGGAUGAUCUCGUGAGACGACUGGCACCAAGUCUUUCUCAGGAUAUAUUUAAGAAAUCUAUACAUGAAUCUGAGAAGGAAACCAUUCGCAGUGGCACUAAGCAAGAUGAUAUUCUUAAAAAAGGAGUCUCAACACCAGCUAAGAAAGUUCCACAGUCUUCUCCCAAUCCAAGUAUGGUUGGUGCUGGUGGCCCAACUCACAUAACAAAAGAUAUGAAAAAUGUUGAUGAAAGUGGCAAGCAAUGUGAAUUAAAAUAUGGGAGCUACUGCAUUUGGAGUCGUGAGCACAAAGAAGAGAUGAAGGAUUCAAUGGUGAAGAAAUUGAAGGACCGAUUAUUUGUCGCACGAGCAUAUUUUCCUACUAUUGCGAAACUUCCCGCACAAGACAAGUUGUCUCGGGAGUUGAAACAAAAUAUUCAGGAAUUGGAGAAAAUUUUUAGUGAAUCAACCACUGAUGCUGAUCUUCCACCACAGGUGGAGAAGAAGCUAAAGAGGAUAGAAGCUGUAAUAGCAAAAGCUAAAACAUUCCCUGUGGACUGUAAUAAUGUUGAUAAGAAAUUAAGACAAAUAUAUGAUAUGACAGAGGAUGAAGCUAACUUUCAUAUGAAACAAAGUGCAUUCCUCUACCAGCUGGCUGUCCAGACCAUGCCGAAGAGUCUUCACUGCCUGUCCAUGAGAUUAACUGUAGAAUAUUUUAAAUCAUCAAGAGAUACGGAGCUCUCCUCCACUGAGAAAUACAGGGAUCCUGCUUUGCAGCAUUAUGUCAUUUUCUCCAAUAAUUUACUUGCAUCAUCAGUUGUGAUAAACUCAACUGUAAUGCAUGCCAAAGAUAGUGUGAAUCAGGUUUUUCAUGUUCUAACUAAUGCUCAGAAUUAUUAUGCAAUGAAGUUAUGGUUCAUCAGAAACACUUAUAAAGAAGCAACAGUUGAAGUGUUAAACAUUGAACAGCUUUAUCCGGACAACGAAAACAUACAUGUGUCGUUGCCUGUGGAAUUCCGUGUUUCCUUCCAUAUCAUUGACAGUUCUUCACCCAUUGCCCAAAGUAGAACAGAAUACUUGUCAACUUUCUCUAAUUCACACUAUCUUCUACCUCAAAUUUUCCAGAAUUUGAAGAAAGUUGUUGUUUUAGAUGAUGAUGUUGUUGUCCAGAAGGAUUUAUCAGCCCUCUGGAGCCUCAACUUGGGAGGAAAAGUUAAUGGGGCAGUGCAAUUGUGUUCUGUGAAAUUGGAUAUUCUGAAAAGCUAUCUGGGUGAGAAAAGUUUUCACAAUAACUCUUGUGUUUGGAUGUCUGGCUUGAAUGUUAUUGAUCUCGACAAGUGGAGAGAACUAGAUCUUACUGAAAAGCACCGCACAUUGGUGAAGGAGUUGAGAAUGCAAGGACCAAGUGAAGCUGUAGCAUUGCGUGCUAGUUUGCUCAUCUUUCAGGAUUUGAUACAUGUUCUUGAUGACUCGUGGGCAUUGUGUGGAUUAGGUCAUGACUACAUGCUUAAUAUGCAAGCCAUAAAAGGAGCAGCCGUUUUGCACUAUAAUGGAAACAUGAAACCGUGGCUUGAAUUGGGAAUUCCAAAAUAUAAGCAUUACUGGAGGAACUUUCGGAACCAAGAUGAACAAUUCUUGAGCGAUUGCAAUGUGAGUUUAUGACAAGCUUGACUGUGUUGGUUUUCUGGUAGAGAUUCCUGGAGACAGUGCUCGGAAGAAAUUUGUGGAUGUUGAUUUUGCAGUUGCUGACCUUAUUCAUCAAAAAACCCCAAAGGGUUUAUGAUUUGGAAGUGGAGAUUGCCAUCUUGAGUUUGACGAACAGUAAAUUCUAAUUUUUUUGGUAAAUAUAAUUUUAUUCACUUUUGGGGAGAGCAAAAGGGACAAAGAUCUCUGAUGGCAACCAAAGUGUCAAGUCAAGAGUAUUAGAGGAAUUGAAAUGAGAAUGGCAAUUCAUCUAGAAAGUGAUUUAAGUAGCCUUUUGGCUUAUUUUGUCAACUGACUGGGAGUGGAGAAGCAUACAAAUAAUUAUGUACACGGGAAGUUGCCCUGGAUGUUUGGUUCAUAGAUAUUCAACAUGCCAUUUCAUAAUAUAAUUCACUAUUGGCUGUAAAGCCUGACUAGUAUUGUAUGCCUUAAAAGGAAAUCAUUCUUCUACCAGGGUUUGUAUUUUAUUUAUUUUUAACGUUUUUCCUUUAUAAUGUGAACUAGUUUUGGUCA